UCAAAAAUUUGUCUAUUGCAGAUUUCAGCGCGGUGCGAGUCAUAAUCUUGAAGGUUCAAAGAAAUGGCAGAAAAGGUUCAGAAAGUGUAAAAUUUUGAGUUUAUGAAUAAUAUAAUUCGGUUGUUUGUUGUAGUAAAUGGUGGAUUGUUUUACGACUCAGUACUUUACACCUUUAUCUCAACGAUAUGGCGUCUACGGGGAGUACACCUUUUCCUAAAUGGCAAUUGGCCAUUCUUCUAGGUGCCCCUUUAGCCAUUGGUUUAGGUUACCUAUAUCUAAGAAAUAGGUUAGAAGAUUCUGAAAAUAAGAAAGUCACUGAUUUAAAAACUAAGACGACUAUAUCUUUGGAUAACGAGGAAAACAAUACAAAAGCCUCUGAAAGCGCUAUCGACCGUGCUAUGAAGCUGAAGGGUGCCGGAAACCGAGCUUUUCAUGCAGGCGAAUACGACAAGGCUAUAGCUUUGUAUAAUGAAGCUAUUGAGGCUUGCCCUCCCGAUCGUCCAGUCGAUCUUGCCACUUUUUAUCAGAAUCGUUCUGCAUGUUAUGAGAAACGUGAAAUGUGGGAGCAAGUAAAAGAAGAUUGUACUUUUGCGCUUAAGCUCAAUGAAAAAUAUGUGAAGGCAUUUCUGCGAAGGUCUCGCGCGGCUGAAAAAAGUGGAGACCUUGUUCUGGCUUUAGAAGAUGUUACCUCUGCUUGUAUUCUGGAAAGAUUCCAAGUUCAGAGCUCUCUAGUUAAUGCUGAUCGGAUUUUAAAAGCGUUAGGUAGACAGCAUGCUCGAGAGGCACUUGCUAAAAGACGCCCUGUUAUGCCAUCCAAGCAUUUUAUUAAGACCUAUUUCUCUGCAUUUUCUGAGGAUCCCAUUUCCAAAAUACAACUUGAUGAUAAUGUUACAGGCGGUUUUGCUAAAGCAAAAACUGCUCUCAACACUCAGGAUUAUGAUGCUAUUGUGGACGCUUGUACAGAAGAAUUGUCGGGUAAUGGAAAGUACAAAAAUGAGGCAUUGUUAUUGCGUGCAACAUUCUACUUGCUUUUGGGAAGACAUGAUGAGGCCCAAAUGGAUCUUGGGAAAGUCAUUGAUAGUGAUGCUUCAACUAAAGUGAAAGUAAAUGCAUUAAUCAAACGUGCAUCUUUAUAUACUCAGUUGGAGAACACUGAUCACUGUUUGGAAGACUUUGCACGAGCAGCACAACUAGAUCCAAAUAAUUCAGAUAUUUACCAUCAUCGGGGUCAAGUUUACUUGUUAUUAGAAAGAAUGGAUGAAGCAACAGCAGAGUUUGCUAAAGCUGUUGAACUCAACCCUGAUUUUUCCAUUGCUUAUAUACAAAAAUGUUAUGCUGAUUAUAGACAUGCACAAAUAAAUAAAAAUGUUGGAGCUAUAGCUCAAGUAAGAGCUGACUUUGAACGUGCCCUAGAAAGAUUUCCACGUUGUGCUGAAGCAUACAUUUUGUUUGCACAAGUUCUUUCAGAUCAGCAGGAAUGGGGACGUGCUGAGGCACUAUUUGAUUCUGCCCUAUCAGUUGACCCCAACAAUGCCACACUAUAUGUUCACAAAGGACUUGUACAACUACAAAAGAGUACAGACUUUGAUAAGGCUGUAAAACUGAUUAACAAAGCUAUUGAAAUGGAUGACAAAUGUGACUUUGCUUAUGAAACACUUGGCACCAUAGAAGUACAGAGAGGAAAUCUCAGACGAUCCUUAGAAUUGUUUGAGAAAGCUAUUGCAUUAGCUAAAACAGAAUUGGAAAUGACACACUUAUUUUCGCUUAAAGAUGCAGCUGCAGCACAGUUAAAGGUAUCAGAGCGCUGGGGACUAGAUUGGACUGUAAGCUAGGUUUCCCUCUAUAAAUUUGUGACCAAACAAUGAGAAUACUAUUUAUUUUUCCAAAAUUCAUCUAGCAUGUUUAAUACUGUUUUAUUUAAAUAACAUUGUUUCUAUUACAUGUUUAUAAUAUUAUUGUCCAUGUUAAAUGAAUUGGUUUUCCUAUGUGAAAUGUAUAUUUUAUGCACUAUUUGUAAUUUUGUUUUUUGACCUGUCUAGAAGUUAAAUAUUCUUCUCAUUGAUUGGAUAUGAUAGGCUUGCCGCCGCCAACUUCUACAUUGCUUUCACACCUUAAUAUAUAAAAAGGACAUAUAUUCACUAGGCUUUUAUUUGUCAAUUUUAAUUGACGAAUUAUUCUCUACACUAUGUUCAUUCUCUCUACACUCUACUAUGCUCUAUACACAUUUAUGUCCAAGCUGACUAUUCAGAUCAUUAACAGACAUUGAAAUUUAAUAUUAACAAACUUUUAUACAGUAUAUGAACCCAUUGUUCAUCAUUAAAACCAAUAUCAAUUUGUGUAUGGGAUACAGUUAGUAGCUAGUUAUACUCAUUUACUAGUACUAGACAAAAUGUACUUAUUAAUAUUUAAACAUUUAACACAAAAUAUUUGUCAUUAUUUUCCAUUUGUUCUAUAAUUCAUAUGCAGUGAUUCCAAUGUUCCACUAAACUAUUUUGAUUAUAUAUUUAUAUUAUUUCUUUCUAUUAAGCUAUGCAAUAAAAUAUGUAAAAAAAAUAUACCCAGUCAAAUUAGUGUUGAACAUUGGAGUUUGUUUAAUUUUCUUGUAACAUGUAAUUUAAUUACUUAUUGUUGAAAAGAAUCAUGCAAAAACUAUUAUCCCUUCUAGUAGUAGGUUAAAAUAAUUAGCAAUAAUUUGAAAUCACUUAUUUUUGUUAUUUGGAGUUUCAUAAUGUACACAUUGGUAUGAAGUAUUUUAUUAUAGUCCUAAAGAGGUUGUCAACUUAUAAUAAUUGCUUCAAGUAUAAUGUACCUACAUACUUCAUAUUGAAGUUUUGAGACAUUGAAUUGUUUUCUUGGCUUAUAAAACUAUAUUUUUGCAUUUAUAUCAAAGAAAAUCAUUAAUAUAAUUAAAUUGUUGUGUAUAUUGGAAUAGCCUAUACUGGUUUAUAAAAUUUAUACUUCUGUGUAUUCAAUAUUAUUGUUGAAUAAGUUAUUUCAUGUGUAAUGAGAGGAAAACUUUUUAAUGUAUGAACAUCUUCCAUUAUUACAUACUUGUAUGUUUAUUUUUUUAUGUUAUGUCCUUUGCUUUGCAUUUAUAUUAUUAAUUGUAAAGUAACACUGCCUUUAUUUAUGUCUAUACAAUAUAUUUAAGAUAAUGUGACAUAACAUAUUAUCUGUAUGUACCUUGCCUAUGUUACAGUUUAAAAUAGUCUUAGUACUAUUAUCAAGUCAUCUAUGCCAUAUACUAAAUAGCGAUUUCACUGUAAAAUUAUUAAUUCAGAAUUAAUACUAACUGUACAAUCAUUAUGUAGGUAUAUAAAAAUAACAGAUGAGAAUAGUUCAAAAUUGUUUUAGUUAACUAUUAUUUAUUAGACCUUUAAUGUUUUCAAAAUAAAAUUAGUGAAUUGCAAUUCUGGUUCUUUAUUGUGAUAUUGAUUUUAUUUUUGGGUCCAAAAUAUUUAAUGCAUGACUUUGUAUCGAACAAAUUUUUUGUCUUAACAAAUUAAGAAUCAAUUUAAUUAAGAAGGUAUUCACUCUAGGCGGCGGCACGUGCGGUUGCGUAAGGUGCAUUCAAAACAUUUCUAGACUUAUUUAUUUAUGUGGUUUUAAAUGUACCUAUUUUAUCGUGUUGUAAAUCUUGAUUACAUAAUAUACCAUGCCAUGAAAUCUUGUUUUGAAUGCAUCAGUAAAGAUAUUAAAUAGAUUGUGAACUUAGAAGAUAGCUCCCAAAGACGGUUCUACAAGAGUUGUUACCUCACCGAUAGUGAAUAGUUAUCAAUUUACGAAUACUACGAAAUACAUUAUUCAGAGUAAA